CUGUCCCAACAAGUGCGUGAAAAAGGACCUUGCAGCAGAGAGACAGGCUGGUUGGUGUUUCUUCUUACCAUGAAGUGGAUGAUGUCUAGAUGUCGGCCGGACUUCAGCCUAUUGUGUGUGGCUGUCUUGCUGUGCUUGGGGAGUGGGGCCAUAGAUCUACAUCACCUGAAGACCAUUGUUGACUACAUCAGAGGGUAUGGUGUUGAGAACAACCAUUAUGUUAUGGCUGUAAGACUGGAUGACAAUAUCUGCAAUGCACCAACACAAGCUGACUUGAAGAAAGCUUUGCCUAAGAGUAUUAUGGAUCAGAUGCACAAGGAUAUUGAUAAGAAAAAUGGCACAUAUGUCCCAAAGUCAAUUGGGAAUAUUGUUGCAGCCAGACCAAGAUUUUUAAAGAACACCACUGAACAUGCUGAAUGGCGCCUGUUGCAUGAAGAUCAGAACAGCCCUGUAACCAAGAUGCUAGAAAAUAAGGAACGGAAGAGUUGUCUGAUCUUCUUUAGCAAGUUAUCUCCCUGUGUAGACCGAUGUCUCAAUCAGAAUGACAUGAGAAACAUUGUCCAGUGGGUCAACCCCCUUUUUGACAAGCUCAAUCAAAAUCUUAGGGCAUUUGUCUUUGAGACCAUUUAUAAGAAAGAUUCAAUUAAAGAGGAUGAAGUUGUGGUGGGGGCCUGGGAAAAGAUCAAAGAUGCCCCACUUUUUCGAUGCGACAAAAACCAAGACUGCAUCAAAUGUUUUAAAAACAACCAACUUGAUUCUAAUUGCCUGAACAAGUAGGGAGAGCCAGCAUCACCAUGGGGCACACCCAGGCAGGGCAGUUGUGGCAACUAGCAAUUGCCAAGUGGCUUCCUGGGCAAGUUCAAAUCAAAGCUCUCCACACUCCACCCCCCAGUUUCCCAGACUGAGCUCUGCACGUGCUUUUUGUUUGUUUGUUUGCUGCUUUGCUGUUGAAUCAAUAAAUGCUCAGAGCACACCAUAA